AAUCCCCCCAAAUCUAUCACUACACAACACAACACACAUUUCAAUAAUCAUCGUCAAGGGAAACAGAUACAAAUGAAAGACACAAUUGAAACUUCAAUGACACUCACCAGCUUGCUCCACCACGUGGCUGACAAAUUCCCCUCCCGCCGAGCCAUUUCCGUCGCCGGGAAAUACGACUUCACCCACUCCCGCCUCCACCGCCUGACAGAAUCCGCCGCUGCUCGAUUGGUCGCUGCCGGCAUCAAACCGGGCGACGUUGUCGCCCUCGUGUUCCCCAACACCGUCGAGUUUGUUAUCAUGUUUCUAGCCGUCAUUCGAGCGCGAGCCACAGCGGCGCCGUUAAACCCAGCUUACACGGAGGAGGAGUUUGAGUUUUACUUAUCCGACUCAGAUUCAAAGCUUCUAGUAACAUCAUUGGAAGGAAACACGCCGGCUCAAGCUGCGGCUUCGAAACUCAACAUCGCUCACGCCGCGGCUUCGCUGACCCAAGCUGAAAACGAAGAAGCCGAGCUGAGUCUCUCGUUGAGCCAAUCUUUUGACUCGGUUGAGUCACUCGUUAACGAUCCUGCUGACGUGGCGCUUUUCCUUCACACCUCCGGAACCACGAGCCGUCCCAAGGGGGUGCCGCUGACUCAGCACAACUUGCUCUCUUCCGUGAGGAACAUUGACUCGGUGUAUCGACUCACUGAGUCUGACUCGACGGUGAUUGUGCUUCCGCUGUUCCACGUGCACGGGUUGAUCGCCGGGCUGCUGAGUUCUCUCGGCGCCGGCGCGGCGGUGGCGUUGCCGGCGGCAGGGAGGUUUUCCGCUUCAGCAUUCUGGAAGGACAUGAUUAAGUACAACGCCACGUGGUACACCGCAGUUCCUACCAUACACCAAAUCAUUCUGGAACGCCACUUUAACAAUCCCGAACCGGUUUACCCGAGGCUCCGGUUCAUCCGAAGCUGCAGCGCUUCUCUUGCACCGGCUAUUAUGGGUAAACUGGAGGAGGCUUUCAGUGCCCCCGUCUUGGAGGCUUAUGCAAUGACCGAAGCCUCGCAUCUCAUGGCUUCGAACCCUUUGCCCCAAGAUGGACCCCACAAGGCCGGGUCAGUUGGGAAGCCCGUAGGCCAAGAAAUGGGUAUAUUGGACGAAUCGGGUCGGGUCCAGGACGUUGGAGUUAGUGGAGAGGUUUGCAUUCGGGGACCCAAUGUAACGAAAGGUUAUAAAAACAACGUGGAAGCUAACACGGCAGCGUUUCAGUUUGGUUGGUUUCACACCGGUGACAUUGGAUACUUUGAUUCUGAUGGGUAUUUGCACCUAGUGGGUCGGAUCAAGGAACUCAUCAACCGCGGAGGUGAAAAGAUAUCACCAAUAGAAGUUGAUGCUGUCCUUCUUUCACACCAGGACAUUGCUCAAGCAGUUGCUUUCGGAGUGCCUGAUCCAAAAUAUGGGGAGGAGAUAUAUUGUGCUGUGAUCCCAAGAGAAGGAUCAAACAUUGACGAGGCAGAGUUGCUAAGAUACAGCAAGAAGAAUCUUGCAUCCUUCAAAGUCCCCAAAAAGGUUUUCAUCACUGAUGCUUUGCCCAAGACUGCUACAGGAAAGAUUUUGCGCCGACUUGUGGCAGAACACUUCGUCUCUCAAAUUUGAGCUACUCAGUUCUUCAGCUUUUAGCCUUUGUUUCUUGAAAAUGAAGAAAUUACAUCGAGAAAGUGGAACCCAAAAAUCACUAUACAAGAAACCAAAUAUUCUAUUUGAUGCCUACAUACUUAGCCAGUACAUAGUUGGAAUCAUGAGACCAUAAAUUCUAACAGUAAUUUGGCAAUUGUCAUUGAAGAAGAGGGUAUUUCUUCGAAUAAUUCAUACAAUAGAUAGAUUGUAGUUUUCAAUGUUUAUUGUAAUGGUACACAAUGUAAUACUUAUAGAUCUUAAAUAAUUUCUUAAUCAUUUUUUGUAAGCAUUUCUUACCACAUGAAUCAUGAUACGAAGAAGAAGACUUAUUUUAA